UGCAAAUCCCCCACGGCGUAGCGCCAGCACUGUCGUCACUGCAUAGCAAGGAUUCCUAUCAGUUAUCUCGAUGAUCGCAUACUUAGCCAGCUCGCCCCAGUACAGCAGAUACUUAACCGAGCUUGUACGUUGCACAGAACGCCCGCAUAGUUCCAAUUCCACUUCCCCCACAGCAACCGUCUUACGUGCAAAUAUUAUUCAGACAUGCCAGCGAACCGCAAAAGCAGUCAGUCAUCUGUCCCCCGCCCUUCACCCUAUCCACAUACCCUUCGCGAACAAAUGUCGUCAGUGAGCACACUGCGUGCACUAGUACCGACAUCCGCAAUUAGGCCCGACGAUGCCGUUAUCCUGUGUGUGCCGUUUCACUACAUUAACUCCAUCUGGCUUCUACAACUCCCGUUGUGAUAGCGUCAUAGGGAAAACAGGUUCCGGAAUGAGCAAUUUCAUCAACAAACUUACUGGGAUGCAACCAGAGGAUGGAGCGGGUGAACUCUUCUCCCGUACGACAGGCAUCUAUGCAUACGAAAGCUAUCGUAAUGGGCAGCGGUUCAUCUUCGUGGAUACGCCAGGAUUCAAUAACCAGAAGAUACCGCAAAGUGAAGUGUUCGAAGCAAUAACUAGAUGGCUGAAGGAGACGCACCAGCACUCUAUUAAGCUUACGGGUGUGAUAUACACCCAUAGUGUAAUGGACGACCGCUUGUCCGCCACCGAUAUGCAAAGUUUCCAGUUAAUUACUCGCUUGUGCGGAAACGAAGCAGCUGAUCGCGUUCGGCUGGUUACGACUAUGUGCGACCAAGUGGAAAAGUCGAUGGCUGAGGAGAUGCAGAAGAAACUCGUGAGCGGACAGUGGCGGUCACUCAUCAAAGCAGGGGCCCGUCCUGAGAGGUUCAACAAUACCUCGGAAGCCGCCUGGAGUAUCGUACAAGGUUUGGGAAACACGAAGAAGACUCUUCCAAUUCAAAAGGAACCGGUUACUAUCUGCGGCCGUCUGAAACGGUGGCUCGGACACUCCCGAGUCGAGGGCUAGGAAAUAUGCGGAUUGGAACAAGUUAGGGAAAGCCGGAUCUGACUCGAAGAAUCACUGUGAUCUUGGACACUAUCGGCAUGUUCGAUAUUUACUGUUAACAUCAUCCCCCUUCCACUGGCUGGACUGUGCGCCUGGUCGUCACGAAAGUAUAUUAUCGACCUGGUAGAUUCCAUUACGUAUGUUAUGGCUCGCUUUUAUUGUCCUAGGGUUUUGGAUGCACACGUAUAUAAGGUUCGAAUGCAUAUAUACCCACCAUGGCUAGAGGCCAGAAUGGACUUAACGAUAUUAUUACGGCCCAG